AUAAUAGUAAUAUUAAGCAGACAUGUCACACAAGUAACGGAACUUAUUAAACUCGGCACGCAGUAUGCCCGCCGGAUGAACUACCUCUCAAAUCGCAUUUUCGGCGAAGUGGCGCGUACCACCAACGAGAAGUCCAUGAAGGUGGUUCGCAUGUUCUCGGAGGAGCCCAUUCACAAGCGGGACUACGUGGUCAACUGGUAUCCGCGCCACGUGGAGACGCAUCUGCUGAUGAAGAACCUGCGCGACUACGGAUUGUUCCGGGAUGAGCACCAGGACUUCAAGGAGGAGAUGAAGCGUCUGCGCAUGCGCGGCAAGGCGCCACCCAAGAAGGGCGAGGGCAAGCGAGCCUCCAAGAAGUAGUACCAUAAAUACACAUACAAAUCCAACUUUA